GUUCAAAUAAAACUCGAGUGGUAAAGACCACAGUACCUACAGAUUCUUUCUUUCAAUUCUUUAAUCCACCAGCGGAACCAGAAGACGAUAACGAAGACGAUGAUGAUAAUUUAGAUGAACGUCUUGAAAUGGAUUAUCAAAUUGGGGAAGAUAUAAAGGAAAAAUUAAUUCCUCGUGCCAUUGAUUGGUAUACGGAUAUUUUAAGAUAUCACCUUGUUGCAACUAUUACUGAUCAAACCACAUUUCAUUACAUUGGAUAUGUAAUAAGAUGGUGGAAUAGAAUGAAUAUAAUAGAUUUCAAAUAA